GUCUCUUUUUUCUUUCUUUGGUAGGAGACAGACUCGGGAGGACUCGUAUCUUCUUCUGUUCACCGGCCGGCACUCUUCUUCUUCUCGUCAUAAAACCAGCUCCAGGCAGAGAAACGAAGGGAAAGAAAAUGGAGGGUAUUUAUCAGAAACUGAGGAACUUGGAUGCGUAUCCAAAAAUAAAUGAGGAUUUCUACAGCCGUACUCUCUCCGGUGGCCUUAUCACUCUGAUCUCUUCUAUUAUCAUGCUUUUCCUCUUCUUCUCUGAAUUCAGCUUGUAUCUCCACGCGGUUACUGAGACAAAGCUUUUAGUGGACACUACAAGGGGACAAACCCUACGCAUCAAUUUUGAUAUCACUUUUCCUGCCAUUCGAUGUUCGUUACUGAGUGUUGACGCCAUUGAUAUCAGUGGAGAGCAGCAUCAUGAUAUUAGGCAUGAUAUAACUAAGAAAAGAAUUAACGCUCAUGGCGAUGUAAUUGAAGUCCGCCAGGAUGGGAUUGGUGCCCCAAAGAUUGACAAGCCUUUACAGAAGCACGGUGGCAGGCUUGAACACAAUGAGGAAUAUUGCGGUUCAUGUUUUGGUGCUGAAAUGUCAGAUGAUCAUUGUUGCAACUCCUGCGACGAAGUUCGUGAAGCAUACAGGAAAAAAGGGUGGGCUUUGACAAAUAUGGAUUUGAUUGACCAAUGCAUACGUGAAGGCUUUGUCCAAAUGAUAAAAGACGAAGAAGGUGAAGGAUGUAAUAUUAAUGGAUCCCUGGAAGUAAAUAGAGUUGCUGGGAAUUUUCAUUUUGUUCCUGGGAAAAGCUUCCAUCAAUCAAAUUUUCAACUACUGGAUUUACUGGAUAUGCAAAAGGAGAGUUAUAAUAUAAGUCACAGGAUCAAUAGACUGGCUUUUGGUGACUACUUUCCAGGCGUGGUAAAUCCCCUUGAUGGGAUACAGUUGAUGCAUGGAACACAAAAUGGUGUGCAACAGUUUUUCAUUAAGGUGGUUCCUACAAUAUACACUGAUAUUCGAGGCCGCACUGUGCAUUCAAAUCAGUACUCUGUUACAGAGCAUUUCACGAAAUCAGAAUUGAUGCGCCUUGAUUCUCUUCCUGGAGUUUACUUCAUCUAUGACUUUUCUCCAAUUAAGGUGACAUUUAAAGAGGAGCAUACUUCAUUUUUACACUUCAUGACAAGUAUUUGUGCAAUAAUUGGAGGUAGUUUCUCUGUCUUUUGCUCUCCUCAACCCCCUGCCCUAGAAAGGCAUCUUCACUAUCGCAGGGAUAGUAGAUUCCUUUAUUUAUCAUGGUCGAAGAGCAAUCAAGAAGAAAAUGGAAAUUGGCAAAUUCAGCUGACGUUUUCAGUGGCUUCCUGUGACAUUUUCAGGCUGUAAAUGUCACACAAAGAUGCAUGCUACACCCAGAAGGAUAUGCUGAAGUCAAAGAACAAAGCUUUCAGCUCCAGCUUAACUGAUUGAUACUUGUUACACAUUUCUGCUUGGCUGUUAGAUAGCUAGUGCUUGCUAGGACCUGGACAAUGGAAGGCUGAGACUUUCUUUUUGUAGAAUAUCAAAAUCAACUCCUUUUUUUUUUUUUUUAAUUUAUGAAGUGUUUCCGGUUAGUUGCAUUUCGACUCCUUUUUGGACUAUCUAUUAAGAUUUAAUUAGAAGUUGAAUAGA